AUGAAGGCGAAUGUUUCCACCUUUCCUCGUGGCCCGUACAGCGUCACUGACAUACCGGAGUUACCAUGGGUGCCUUCCUGGUGCAGCAGUGAAUUAUGCAAGAUACUGCACCCAUCUACGCCACAAGGAGUUGUGAUGUUGCAUCUUCCGUUGUGGUAUUCGAGACAUCUGCGACACAGUUUGCGUUCGUUGAUGAACGCCCUCCUUGCAGCUACCGUAGUCCUGAGAAACUUCUCACAGGCGCUCAACGACACGCACGUCCCCCCACAGAGGAUACACGACGAUGACUCCGGGUGGCUGCUCGAUGAAGGUACACCGCUGCUGGACUCAUCCUGGAGUACCACGGCGUUACAGUAAGCAGGAGUAGUACGUACAUAUGGAACGGUACGGUGAGGCUGCAUU